AUGGUAAAGAAGGAGAUGUCUUUCUCAACAUCAAAUGAAGACCUGACGAGCGAGAUUAAAAAGAUAAGUGUUGAGGAUGAACGACCACAUCAUAGUCAGAAAGAGCAAGACGACUUCCACCCAAAGAAACUGAGACACAGCGCCACGCAAGUCAGCGAGUUCACACUCGUGGGCAAGGACCUAGAAGCUGCGAAACCUUCUCGUUCCCCAACAGAGCUACCGUCUAUCAACAAACCCGGUUCCUGGAGAAUAUGGACUUCGCCUAUCACCAAAAUCAUCCUAGUCUCCUGUAUAGUCGCCCUUCCUAUGAUUGUGUUUUCCAUUGUCAUCCUCGUCCUCACCUUUGGGUAUCGUAUGGGAAAGAUAACAUGCCCCUACCCCGAGCUCUGCCCCGCAAUGAACCAGACCAGCAGCACCCAUUACUAUGUCGACUACUCAGCAACACAACUGGUCUUCAUUGCAUCUUGGUCCUCUACUAUCAGCCUGUCCCUCAUUAGCAUGCUGAUGUUUCUAUUUUCCUUCACGGUCGCCCAGCAUAUCCUACGUUGGUCGGGAGGCGAAGAUGUGAAGCCUUCUGAGCUUCCCACGCCUUAUCAGCUCUCGCUCCUAAUCAAGGUUCUCAACGGAGAACUUUUGGCUCUUUGGGAUGUCUUCCUUUACAAAUUUCCGAGUUGGUGCAUCCCAGCUCGAAGACGAAGGGGUCAGAGAACGAGUACAGCGCCAAUAGUAUACAUGGCUAUUGGAGUGCUUCUGCUUGGACUUGCGGCAAGCGCGUUUGUUCAAGCGACGGACACAUGGCUCCAUAUCGACACUCAAACUGUAGAGAUAAUUAACAUUAAAGCAGAGCCAGCCGCAGGCGGAAACCAAUACUCCCGAGGGCUAGGUCCAUGGUGUGUUGACAAGCCCACCGUUAACAACAUUUGCAACAAAAACUUCUGGGGCUGCGGAAUUGAUUGCUGGAAAGAAUUCGGAGCCACUAAUAUGCAGCAAUCUAACCAAAGUGCCGUCCAUAAAAUCCUAGUCGGACGGUCGGCGGAUCAUGAGAUUUUCAAUUUCACUGACAAGAGCGGACUCACGUAUGCCAUUCUUGGGCCCGCCGACAUUCCUGAUACCAUUGAUUGGGCGGCCGCCAGCUUUGCCACAACAACCCAGUGUCGGGCAGUUCUACCUAGAAAUUGCGAUGUGCAACCUCCAUCGGUAGAUGACCUGACUGGCGGCAUUCAAUUCAACUGCACGAAGGAGCGAGCCGGCGUAGACGUUUCAGGGAACAUUACCCACGCCACUGCUCAAAUACACUACGUUGAUGCGCAUCGUCUCUUCAAUGACUCCCCUGCUUUCAUCGGAAGGGUUGACGAUUCUGAUACACCCGGAUUCAAAGAUGCGAAGAAACUUGCGCCUAACCUAACAGAGCAGAGCGAAGUGUUUAACAAUCCGUGGCAUUGGCAAGGUGUUCUUCCAAUCAUUGAUGCACAUGAUUCAUUAUUUCAAAGUGAAGAUCAGAGACUCUGGAAUCGUAGCUGGAUUGGUGUGCCAUUGAUGGUGCUGGAUUGUGACACCACAGUGUGGGAAGUCACAUACACCAUGGUCAACUCCGGAGUUCGAACUAUCACGGCAACCAAAAGCAACGUCUCGGUUGCCGGUAUCGGCUCAAUGCCCGCUUUCCCAGCUUUUGGUCUCUUGGAUAGCGAGCUCCCAGAAGUCAUCUAUGAUGCGAACGACAGAACAUUCACGCUCGAAACCAUGAUCGCAGGGUAUACAUUCGGAAUGAGUCGCAGUUUCCUGGCCCACAUAGGCGGUCAAUCCUCCCCUCGCCAGGCCCUCAAGACCCAAGUCCGCGUCCCGAAACUUAUCACCAAAGUCUCAAAAGCAGCUCUAUGGACGCUCGUGGUAUCUAACCUCGUUUAUGCUGCUGUUGGUAUUAUACUGGCGGUUUACGCAAUUCGAGCUAGAAGUGAAGAUGUUUUUGGGUUUCGGGCUCGACUGACAGUUGGAGGGCUGGCAGCACAGAUCUUCGAGAAACCGUUUGCAGAUAAGAAGGCGGAUGAUGAGUGGGAAUUGUUUAGGGAGAGUGAAGGGCUGAUGUCAUCGAGAGUAGGGGCAGAGAAGACGGCGGUUGGGGGAACGACGUUUUGGAUAAAGGGUGAAAGGAGGGUUGGGAGAAAUUCAAGAAAGAUAGAGAAAUGA